AUGGCUUCUGGUGCCGGCAGCAUCCUUCUCCUUGUUGUGCUUUCCAGUUUGGUGGCCUCCUCUGCUGCGAGAUUUUCCGAAAUCCAGGACAUCUGCCAACCAUCCGGUAAGCUCCAUGCCCCCGGUGGGCAUUCGUGCGAUGAGUGCUGCAAAGAAGGCGAAAGCUAUCCCCGGUACGAAUGCUCCCCGCAAGUGACUGGCAAGACAAAGGCGAUCCUGACCGUGAAUGACUUUGAAGAGGGCGGCGACGGUGGAGCUCCAUCGGAAUGUGACAACCAGUAUCACGACAAUUCGGAGCCUGUUGUGGCGCUCUCCACGGGCUGGUACGCAAAAGGCAGCCGGUGUGGGAAAUUUGUGAGAAUCUCCGCGAAUGGGCGAACGGUGAGGGCCAAGGUGGUGGAUGAGUGUGAUUCAAUGAAUGGGUGUGACAAAGAUCAUGCAUUCGAGCCGCCAUGCCUCAACAACAUUGUGGAUGCAUCACCCGUAGUGUGGAAGAAGCUGGGGGUCUCCCAAGACGAUGAUGACUAUGGAUACAUGAAGAUUACGUGGGCUAUGGAUGAUGAGUGA